AUGGUAGCAAAGGGGAGGAAGAACGCGGCAUCCCAGCAUGACAGACGCAACGAGAGUGGCCUGGCAGCACCCGGCAAGCGCGUCCAGCGCCAGAAGAGCAACCCGACGCUCAACGGCGCCCCCAAUGGAGCCCCGGACGCCGCGCCCGCGCUCUCCACCGACGCAGUAGAGCAACAGCAGCAGCAGCAGCAGCAGCAGCAGCAGACCACGCAGCCGGCCCCCAGCAGCACCGCCGACUCGACGCCCAGCGCCAGUGGGCAAGACAACACCGUCGCCGCUGGCACUGUAUCCGAGAGGCCGCCCGUAGAGCGUGUUCGCAGCUCGUCGGACGCGUCGCUCGACCAUGCGGACGCCGCCUGCCGCCACGCUGCCCCAGCUGCUGCCCGCGUCAAUGGCCACAGCAAGCCGUCAUCGGUCUCCAUGGCCAGUCUGCUCGCUGUGCCCGCCACCAUUCUCACGUCCUGUCCUCUGCGGGACGUCCUCGCCAUCCUUAUAAUUCUCCUUCAGCUACCCCCCACCGUCCUCACCGUCGUACAGUUUCUCUUUGCAACACUUACCUUCGUGCCUCCCCAAGCCGGGACCCCCCUCUCCGCGCUCUCAGCGUUCCCCUCUUUCACCGACAUCUUCCAGGGCUCCGGUGGCACACCCUCUUUAUUCACGACAAUUGCGGCUGACGCCUCCAUUCUGCUCGUAUGGCUCGUGCUCUGGGUGCCUGUGCAGAACUUCUUCUUGGAUCUCGCACAAGCAGUCAUCGCCAUAGCCCUUGGAGGCGCCGCAGCCGGCAAAGCUGGGACGACCAACGGCAUUUUUAUCUGUGUCGUCAUCAUUCUUUCAAACCAUCUGCUCAGGUUCAGGCCUCUCCGGCAACACAUCGUCCACUUACUGUGGUCUGGGCUCGCCCGGGGAGGCUUAGAAUUUCUGACGAGCCCACCGAGCGCACCAACUUAUUUGGAGAGCUUCUCAAGCCCCCAUGGAUGGCCCCGCAGCCUCCUGGGUAUCCAUAUCUUGGCCCAAGGUGUCGUUCGCAUUAUUCGGCGCUCUCUGUCUCGACGAGAUGUAGCUCAGUCACUACCCACUGGCAAGAAAACGGACCCCGAAGUCGGCAACCUCCAGCGUGCCAACUCGACCUCGCUCCACCCGCCUGUCGAUGUACCAAAUACCUCGAGUACCGAUGGUCGUCCACCGGGGCCGUCGCCCGCAUUGCACAAGGACAAGGCGAGUAGCUUGCGAAGGAAGAGGAAGCAAGCUACACAUGUUCGUUCUCAGCAGCCUUUCUGGGCUGCACUUGCCAGUACAAAAGUUACAGUUCUAAAAGAGAUGGAAAGUAGCCGGGCAGCAAACGAUGCCGACGAGGCUAACGCAAAAGACGCAAAUCACAUUGGAAACGCUAUUUGGAGAUCGGAAGACGAUCGUGUAUGGAUUUCAGAAGUCGGCUACUCCGACAUUUCAUUUCGUGUCAGUCUGUUCAACGGAGCGGACGUUCAAGAGGAGGAAGAUUCGAGUGUCGGAUCCGGGAUUGACAAGUCGAAGCCAUUCUAUAUCCGUGUUAACGGCGCAGAUUGGAGCUCAGCCCGGAUCCGUCAGAGCACUUCGUUAGGAUACCAGGGUCAAGAGGGAACAGGUUUCUGGAUGGGAGAGAUCUUCGGUCUCACGGCACUUUCGAACUACUACUGCGAGUUCGUCAGGACCAGCGACAAUGAAGUCUUCUACUCUACGAGCCUUAUUACCUCGGCCGGCCCAGUUGCCGAACUAGCCUCAAUUGCCUCCCCGCCUGCUCAUCAGACUCUCCGUCCAUCCUCGCCUACGACGACCCUUAGGAAUUCGAUCGCCGCGGCCGACCAGCAGCUACAGGAGCAGCGCAAUCGCCUGAAACGAAACAAGAAGGACCACAAGACCGCCAUCUCUACUAUCAAGAAAGAGGUCGAUACUCUCAGCAAUCGCUUGUCGAAUGCUGGAGGUAGUGAUGAGCGCCAACGCCAACGUGUCCUUCAGUUCACGCAAAACAUUCGACAGGCAGACGAUGCUGCUACUGAUUUCGCCCUUCAGGCAGACAAAUUAGGUGCUAUUCCGGAAGGAGAGACUCGAGAGGCUGCAGCCAAGAAAGCGGAGUGGAAGAAGGAGCGUGACAACAAGAAUGCUGUGUCCCGUGAUUUCGAUGCAGUCAAGGCUGAUAUCGAAGCCCAGGUUCAAAGCGUAGAGACGGAUAUUCAAAGUGCCUUGCAGAAGCGAGAACGUCUCCAGCAGCGUCAGACCAGACUGAACGAGCAGCAUGACCGUCUUAUCACUGCCAAUCAGGAAGGUUUCACAGCCAAGCAGCGAAGGGAGCAGGAGCGUCAAGCUCUGCGACAACAGCGCGCCGACGUUGAGCAUCAAUACCGUAGUAGCAUCAACGGGUUCGAACGUCGAGCUGAAGAGCAGAAUAUCGCUACUUCUCAGCUCAUGCAGACUGCCCAGCACUACGAAGCUCUUCUCCUGCAGGGUGCGCACCAUGAGUCGAUUCCUACAACGCCUGAAGGACCUCUCCCCGGCACCACCAUAUCUCCCCACGCCAACGCUUUCACCAGCUUCACCUUCCCUCAACUGCAUCACGUCGAUAGCACUCCCGGUUCCCUUCGCGGCGGCCGCGGUCGCUCUUCCUCUAUGUUCUCCGACGUCUCUGGCUUCACUGAUGGUUUCGACGAGCACAUCUCUCCCGCGUAUACUCUCGACAACCCCUUCAACACUUCUGGAUUUGUCAAUGGCCACACCAACGGCAGCCACGGCAGUGGUAGUCUCAGCUCUGUGACUUCCAGUCAAAGCUCGAGCCAGAGAGAUCCUUUGAGCCCUGUGCAGAGCGUCAAGCCAAUGAUGGUACGCAGUCCGACUGGUGGCAGUGGUGGGUUGAUGGGCCCGAUCGGCAGCGGCAGAAAAACGUAA